AAACACAAGUAACGUGGCAAAACAAGUGCACGGUGCAUUGAAAAAAAAGGGUCCUAUCUUAAUGUCCGAUACUGUACCGGAGAGCUAAUUUGCAAGCGAUUCUUUAUCUCGAGUUAUGAGUUCCGAGCAUAUGAGGUAAGAUAGGCAACGUUUAUAGAGACAUCAACAUACUAGCCGUUAGCAGUCAUCUCGUUUGGUCUAGUUUUUGGUGCAAAAGAGUUUCUUUACUGGCGGUGGUGGUAGUUGUAAGUGGGGUUGGCUAUUAAUAUGAAACUAAUAACUUUUCCUUCUUGCGGGGCGAGCAAGUAGAAACAGUUUUCUAGUCGUGGUAGGUGCCAACUUUCCAAGUGCAAAAAAAGGAAGAAGAUUUCUGUAGCAAAACAAGACAAAUCCAAUAGAAAGUACGGAUCAGAGAAGGGGGGAGCCAAACCCUCUCGCUGCUUCCUCCCCAUCGAUAUCAAACGAACGGUACAGAUGUAAGCGAAAGGGUUGUGUGGGUAUGUGUGGUGCAUGGGGUUAUAACUUACCGGUUAUUCGCUUUUGGGAAUAUCCCAGCGGCCCCAGGCGGCCGGCAAGCAUUCGGGUUUUACGGGCUGGAAAUACUACUUUUUGCACUGCACACACACACACACUCACACACCGUUACAGCAUCAAUAGACGCUUCUGUUGGCACGCGAGCGUCUUGUUCGAUUAGUGUGUUUACAUACACACAAUCAAAACGUGUUCAUUCACAACGCGCACAACGUGAGUUAAAUGUGUCGCACACCGAGUGCAGCACCGUCAAAUGCACUUGGCUCGCGAUCGAGACAGCAUCUCAUCUCGCUGGGGGCUCACGAACUGCAGCGCGAUAGUAAAAAAAGGAACCAAAACAAAACCUAAGUGACACACAGUGACAGUGAGUAAGCGCAUAGUGUGUGGGUGUGUUGUGUUUGUUGUGUUUGCGCUUCGGUGACAGUUUGACAGUUUAGCUCCAGCUGAUCGGAUGGAGAACCUUGGAUAUGCGGGCGGACAGGUGGAGCCGGGGGAGAAAGGCACACAGGCUGCUGAUAGUCGAUCGGUUGCUUCGCCGAUGAAUUCCAGCAUCACGCUGCAGACGAUCAGUGACGACACGAAAACCACGACCUCGACGCGUGAUAAAUGGGGCCGGGACAUUGAGUUUAUGCUGUCCUGCAUCGCGUACUCGGUCGGGUUCGGCAACAUCUGGAAGUUCCCGUACACGGCACUGAAGCACGGCGGCGGCGCAUUUCUGCUGCCGUACCUGAUCGUGCUGUUCAUAGUGGGCCGACCGAUCUACUACCUGGAGAUGAUACUGGGCCAAUUCUCGAGCAGGGGGUGUGUGAAGCUGUACGAUCUGGCACCGGCUAUGCGAGGCAUUGGAGUGGCGCAAACGAUUGCAAUGUUCGUGGUGAUGACGUACUACGCGCCGGUGCUGGCCAUCACGUUCCGGUACUUUGUCGCAUCGUUCAGCAGCACUCUGCCGUGGAGCGAGUGCAACCCUGGCUGGGCAAACUGUGUCAAUUCCUCGUUCGUGGGACGGCUGGAGCCCACCAACGGCACAGCCGUUGGACUGCAAUCAUCCGCCGAGCUGUACUUCCUCAAGGAAGUGAUCCACAAAGCACCCUCCCUUGAAGAUGGACUAGGCAUGCCUGACUGGAAGCUGGCACUGUGCCUGCUGUUCGCGUGGAUCGUCGUCGCUACCAUCCUGAUCCGGGGUGCAAAAAGUACCGGCAAAGCGUCCUACUUUCUGGCCAUCUUUCCGUACGUGAUCAUCAUCAUACUGCUACUGCAAACGCUCAUGCUCGACGGGGCGAUGCAGGGCAUCCUGUACUUCAUCACACCGCAGUGGGACAAGCUGCUGAGCAUCGAGGUUUGGUACGAAGCCGUUACGCAGUGCUUCUUUUCGCUCUCGGUCUGUUACGGUGGCAUCAUCGCGUACUCGUCCUUCAACAACUUCAGCAACAAUGUGCACCGUGACGCCGUCAUUAUUUCCUGGCUCGACACCUUCACCUCGAUCGUGGCCGGCUGCAUCGUGUUCGGGGUGAUCGGCAAUUUGGCGUACGUUAGUGGGCAGCCCGACAUCCAGAAGCUGGCGCGGGACGGUGCUGGCCUCACCUUCAUGACGUACCCGGACGCGAUCGCCAAGUUCCAGUUUUUGCCGCAGCUGUUUGCCGCCCUGUUCUUCCUGAUGCUGUUCAUCGUGGGCGUCGGCAGCAAUCUGGGCGUAACGACCAGCAUCAUUACGGCGAUCCGGGACCAGCGGCCCCAGCUGCGCCACUGGCAGGUGGUCCUGGGGACCGUCACCGUGGGGUACUUCUUCGGGCUGCUCUACCUAACGCCCGGUGGGUUCGAUUUCCUGGACGUGAUCGAUUACUACGGUGCCAAGUACGUGACGCUCACGUUUGCCGUGCUGGAGCUCGCUACCGUUGCGUGGAUUUACGGCGUGGAUCGGAUCUGUCGCGACAUCCGGUUUAUGCUGGGCAUCGAGACAUCGUUCUACUGGCGCGUCUGCUGGGGACUGAUUGCACCGGCCGCCACGCUGCUCAUUCUUAUCUUCAGCUUUGCCGACUUUGAGCUGCAAAAAGUCCCGAUGGGCUACAACGUUUUAGGGCUGUUUAUCUACGCAAUUGCGGUGCUACAACUGCCUGGUUGGUACUGCUACGCGGUUUGGAGGCGGCGCAGCAAGCAGACGGAAUCAUUGCGCAAGGCGGCACACAAUGCGCUCAAGCCGAUGGAUAUUUGGGGACCGGAAAGUGAUACCGUGCGGAUGCAGUACCAGACCGAGGAGGAGCAGUACCAAAACAGCCAACCGCUCGAGCGCAGCACUGUGCAGCGAAUCAAGAAGCGAAUGUUUAACAUGGGAUGAGCGAAAGUGAGACUGUGCCAGAAUUGGAAUCCUGGCAUGAAGUCUAGGGACAAGUGAUGAUGAUAGGCCCUUAUUAUUGAACUGCUCUCGAAACCCUCUAACGAGCGUUAUGUUUUCUCGACCGACGAAGCGUUAUCAAUAAGGUUAGCAGUUAGUAUCAACACUCUAGAAUUUGUUGUGUUCACACUUAAUGUAACGUAAGUAGCGCGUGAUAGAAAUAUUUUUUAUGUCCAGUUUCCUUAAAAUGUAAAUAAAUUGUUACCAAAGUUUUUACGAAACACA